AUGGUGGACCAACACAGGGCAGUCUUCUUUGGAGGGUUGCAGUCUGGUGAUAGAGUCAAUGAAGUCUACAUAUUUGACUUCAGGACCAUGGAGGUCACUAAGGUGAAGCCAGUACAGGGAGAGCCACGGCCAAUGAGGAGGUCACUACAUGCUGCCUGUUGUCUCAACUAUGGCCAGGACCACCCUCAACUACUGGUGUACGGAGGACUGGAUAAUGGCAGCAAGGCACUGGAGGACAUGUGGAUACUGGAUGUAGACACUGUCCAGUGGGCAGAGGUGACACCUCCUGAGUCAAUGACACCACGUUACUACCACUCCAUCACUGCCACCAGUCUGGGACCAGGACUCACUGAGGUCCUCGUGUUUGGAGGCAAGCGGAAGAUGGGGGGAGAUGUCAUUGCUGAGACCACCGUACUGAGAUUUGAGUUGACUGGACCCUCAGCGUCUGUUGCUGGACCCUCGGCUGGGAAGUGGGCUCUCGUGGAUAUGGCCCACAACGACACUAGAGGCUCCGCCCAGCGACUGAGAGAGAAAAUGAUCAGACAAGCAACUGCUCGUGCCUCAUCAGUCAGUGAGACCAGCGACCACUCCUCUCAAGACCGGGUGAGGGCUCUGGAACAACAGUUACGAGCAGCAGAGCAGAGAGAGCACGACACUCAUCGUUACCACCAACUACAGUUGCAAGAGAAAAAUCGAGAAAUAACUGCACAAGCUAUAGAAUUAACGGAGGCCAACCGUCGUCAUGGAGAUGCGGAGGAAAGAGCACAGCUGGCAGAGCAAAGAGAGCAAGCUACACAAUUACUUUUACAAGUGAAAGAUCGAGAAUUGGCUGAGGCCAACAGAAGAGAAGCUGACCUGUCUGCUCGAAUCACAGCUCUAGAGUGGGAGUUAGAAGGCAAGACGAAAGAGUUGGCAGCACACAACACAGAGGUGUGGAGGAUUCCGGCCAACAGAGUGAUCAUUGGCAGGAGGAUUGGCAAAGGAGGGUGGGGGGAGGUGCUGGAGGGAACAGUGAGCGUGGCCGUCAAGCGACUACACGAAGAAAUUGCUCUCCCAAUCUACAUCGAGAAAAUGGAGAGAGAAAUGAAGCUAUUGGCUGAAGUGCGACACCCAAACCUUGUGCAAUUCAUUGGUGCUAUUUUUGAUGAGCCAAACCAAGCCCAUCGAUCUCCUCCUCUCAUCAUCACCGAGCUUCUGGACAUGAAUCUCCGACAAGCGUACGAGAGGAAUCAACUGGACCCAGGAAAUCGUCUCUCGAUCUUUAUGGACAUUGCCCUAGCUCUAAACUACCUGCACCAGCGCUACGAUCCCAUCAUCCACCGUGAUGUGAGUGCUCCCAACGUCCUCCUUCAGCGAAUGCCCAACCACCAGUGGAAGGGGAAGGUCUCUGACCUGGGCUCAGCCAACUUCCUGCAGCAUGCUCAUACGAUGGGAGAGGGGGCCAUAAUCUACUCCCCUCCUGAAGUCAUCCCUCAAGCCUUUGAUCCUCUCACUCCACCUCUGAGACAGUCUGUCAAUAUCGAUGUGUACAGCUACGGUAUUGUCCUCUGUGAGGUGACCGCUAGUCGAUUCCCAAGUGCUGAACAUUAUCGAGACAUGAUUCUCCAAGUACAGAGGCAGCGUCCUGCAGUGUACGAGCUGAUACUCCACUGCACUAAAAGAGAGCCCAGCCAUCGACCCAGCAUGGCACAGGUGAUGGUGGAACUGAACAAAAUAGCGCCCUUUUAACUAUGAACAAUGUAUAUAUGGUGAACACUUAUCUAUAGUAUAUAGCUUCCUUUUUAGUUUAGGUUGUAGUUGAUAAUUAAUACCCAUUGUGGGACUCUGUGUUAUACACACACUAAUUGUUUGAACAAUGUGAACACUUAUAAUUAUCCAGUAGCUAGCUUCUUGAAUUAAUAUUGAUUUUUAAUAACUUCGUGAAUUUUAUUGAUAGCUUUGGCUUUUGUAGUGUGUGUUUGCACUCUCCUAUUAUGAUGAUUACUAUUGACUUUAUCUCAG